AGCGGCAGCCGAGGAGGAAGGAUCGAGCGCGCUGCUGGUACUGUCCUGCUUCCUCGAAGGCUGGCGAGGAGCCACCGCAGCCGGGAUGAAGGCGGCUCCAGAGGCGGAGGCCUUGGAGCGGGCCCGGACUCGAGAGCGCCUGGAGGCCACGUUAGCCGGCUUGGCGGAGCUGUCUUUCCUCCGGCGGCGGCAGGAGCUGCGCGUCCAGCGGUGGAUGCCUGCCGCGUUGCCCGCCCAGGAGGCGCCCUCGCCGGCUGCGAAUGCAGAAGGAGCCGCUGCCGCGCCGCGGAGCUUGGAGGAGCAGUUCUUGGAGGAGAACAUCCUCCUCUUAAGGAGGCAGCUGAACUGCUUGAGAAGACGUGAUGCAGGACUCUUGAACCAGCUGCAAGAACUGGACAAGCAGAUCAGCGAUUUGAGGCUGGAUGUGGAGAAAACAGCAGAUGAGCACCUUGAGACGGACAGCCGCCCCAGCUCAGGGUUUUAUGAGCUGAGCGACGGCACUUCUGGGUCCCUCUCCAACUCCUCCAACUCUGUUUUCAGCGAGUGUUUGUCCAGCUGCCCCUCCAGCACCUGUUUCUGCAGCCCGUUGGAUGCCUCCUUGAACAGCUCAGAUGGACGCCCCAAGUCUGCAGAUCUCAUUGGCUGGCUGGAAUGUAACAAGGGAAGCCAACAUGAAGACCAGUCUGCAGGGAUGGCUUCUUCCUCUCCUUCUACACCACACUCCAAUUCCUUGGAUGUGAUUGCUGAUGUGCAUCCAAAAUAUCAGUGUGAUCUGGUGUCCAAAAAUGGGAAUGAUGUCUACCGCUACCCCAGUCCCCUACAUGCAGUUGCUGUUCAGAGCCCGAUGUUUCUUCUGCCAGUGAUCGGUAGUCCCUUGAGAGAAGAGGAAGAGAGAUCUGAUGGCAACACCGCUGAUGUUGAUGCUGGAGCUGAACCUAACUCAGCCAAACCAGGUUCUCCGUGCCUCCCACACAUCCCUCAUUCUGCGUCCUGUCCCACCGCCAGCCGCAAAAUGGACAGCUACAUCUUGAGCCUUGUGCAGAAACGCAUCCCUUCGGUGAGGACUAACAAACCAAGAACCAACCUGAACGCAGACCCCACUAAAGGGAUUUUGAGACACGGAAGCAUGUGCCUUCGUCAGGUGCCGGGCACGGCCCUCCACAACGCUACAACUCUUAAGAAUUUGGGUCAGGUAUUUCCUCCUUCGGGUGGAACUACCGCUGCCAUUGAAAACGGUGCCUUCUCCCCCUUAAAGCAGCACACAAAAGAAACGGAGCAUCAGGAGACCAAAAAGAUGCCUCCCACAAAUGCUAACAACGAACUUCAAAGCAAACCUCCGACAAGGAAUGUCAAAUCCCAAGAGGUGGCACGUUGUCCUGUAGUCGGCAAGGGGGACAUGGGCAAGGAAAGUGGCCAGUCCAUUGUGGCGUGUCCUAAGGAAAGCCCUUGCCGGCAUGGGACGCUUCCGAAGGACAAUAAAGCCACCCACGUUCCCAAAAAGAUACUCUUCAAAAACAGUGGGGUACAAGUAUCUUGCUCCAUUCCUCUGACACAGGAAACUAGGCUUCCCUUGGAUUUCAAGAGCGAAGGCUCAUCCUCUCAGAGCCUGGAGGAGGCUGCGCUGGUGAACGGCUCGUAUAUACCUGCCGAGCCCCAAACAUCGAGACUUCACAAGGGCUCCAGGAGUGUCAAAAUCCUCAAGAGCUCUAUGGCCAAACACAGGUCCCAUCUGGUCACCGUGAUGGAAAACGGGCCACUGGUGGCUCGUGAGAAAGGCAAAUCCAUGAGCAAAAAGUGCCGCUUCCCUGAUGACUCGGAUACAACUAAGAAGCCGAAGAAGGUUGCCGCGAGAGGGAAGAAGAGCAGCCAUUUGCUGCCAGAGACGGGCCUUCUCAACCGCCCGCCGGGUGGGUUGAAAUCCGGAUUGAGGCCCCACGGUCACGGCCGAGAACCCGUGGUAGCCAAACCCAAACAUAAGCGGGCCGAUUAUCGCCGCUGGAAAUUGUCGGCCGAGGUGUCGUACGAGGAAGCCCUUCGGAGGGCGAGGAGGAACCGGAGAGAAGCGGCCGGCGUUUAUGCGCAGGUCCCUCACCCGUAUGCCAGCCCCUAUGCCUACGUGGCCAGCGACUCGGAGUAUUCGGCAGAGUGCGAAUCCCUUUUCCAUUCCACGGUCGUGGAUACCAGCGAGGACGAAAGGAGCAACUAUACGACCAAUUGCUUUGGGGACAGCGAGUCCAGCUUGAGCGGGGUGGAGUUUGUUGGCGAAAGCACCACGACCAGUGACUCGGAUGAGAGCGGGGGCCUCAUCUGGUCCCAGUUCGUCCAGACUCUUCCCAUCCAGGCAGUGGCCACGGCUUCGGAGCUCCACGAAAACGCAGCCAAAGCUUUCGUUAAGAUUAAAGCCUCACAUAACCUUAAGAAAAAAAUCCUACGCUUUCGAUCUGGCUCGCUCAAACUGAUGACGACUGUCUGAAUUUCUACAGGUCAUCAACAGUAACGCCAAUUAUUUUAAUAACGAUAAGGAUACCACACCUGCCUGCUGAAGGGACUUGGGUUUGUGUAUGUGCCUCCAGUGGGUGUGUAUAUAUGUCCGGGUUUUUAUGGAGCCUUGGGUGCUUUUGUUUAGUAUGCAGAAGGCACAAAACUAGUGCUGUCCCUUCUACUCGUUCAAAUGAAGUGUCUCCUAAUUCACAAGAAGUGGGAUGUACAAAUGGAGAAGUCAGUUAUGGUGGUGUAACCUAUUCAGGUGGUCCAUGGCAGCAGUAUUGGUAUUUGUGUAUGUGUGUGUGCAUGUAAAGGUUGCCCAGGGGCCUAGAUACCAAAUCCCAUUUAAUCUGGGAAGCUAAGUAUGGUCGACUCUGGUUAGUACUUAGCUGGGAAACCACCAACAAAUACCAGGUGUUUGAGGCUAUAUUUUCGAGGAAGGAACUGGUAAACUCAGAGGAGCUCUUCUUUGUGAAAAAUCCAUGGGGUUACCAUAAGUCAACAGGUGAAUCGAAGGCAUGUAUUUCAUUUCAAUAAGGUUUGCAUUAUCCAUCAUUUUGCAUGCCUAUACUCGCUUAUCCAACAUAAACGGGCUGGCAGAACGUUGGAUAAGCAAAUAUGUUGGAUAACGAGAGAUUAAGAAGAAGCCUAUUAAACAUCAAAUUAGGUUAUCAUUUUACAAAUUAAGCACCAAAAUAUGUUAUACAACAAAUUUGACAGAAAAAGUAGUUCAAUAGGCAGUAAUGCUACGUGGUAAUUACUAUAUUUACUAAUUUAGCACCAAAAUAUCAUGAUAUAUUGAAAACAUUGGCUACAAAAAUGCAUUGGAUAAUCCAGAACGUUGGAUAAGCGAAUGUUGGAUAAGUGAGAUAACUGUACAUUGAAUCCAAGGAUUGGCAUUUUGCAGCUUUUUAAAAAACUAAAUUGCAGACAUAGUAGAAAGCUGAUGGGAGGGUUAACCCAUUGCUUCUGCACUAUACUUCCAUUGAAAAUUACCCUCACUGUUAAUUCCUGUCUAGCUUGAAAGGAAAGGUGCUAUUGCAAAAAAGAAAAAAUGCCUCAUUUAUCAACUUGUUUGGCAGGGACAGCCUGAAUUAAUCUUCCGUCAUCCCAGAUUUGCAACUGCUUUUAAAAUGUCCCAAUUUCUCUCUCCGCCUCCUGCUUUCUCCCUUUGUCCUCAGUUUACUUCAGUUGCUGCAAACUGAGUUCAGAAUCCAAAUGUAAUUUGCACUGAGUUAACCCAAUUCAACUAAAGGUAGCUUGCAUUCAACUAGAGAGAAAGGAGAGGUGAAACCCUGUGUUUCCCAAGCGGCUCAGGCAAAAGCAAACUGUCCCAGUCUCUUCUCAGUUUGUGUGUUCCUUCUCAUUGGUAACUUGUCAUCUUGACCACUCUGAUGAUGAUGGGCUACACAUAUCCUAGUUUUGAAAUCUGUGAAAUCUUGGAAAGGAUUAAUGUCAGCUUCCUAUCCCUGGCGAAUAACAGCUAGGGAAGAUGGUAAACAGAGACUGUUUUGGUAGAACCAUUUGCUGCAUUCCCAAGGCCACUGAAAGGAAAUAAUGCAAUGGCAUGAUGCAUAAUGUGAUCUUAGAGGUCACCUAAGAAUAUGCAGAAGGAACCUGACAUUUCUAGUUAGGGGUGUAGCUACAAUGUUGGAGACAAAAUGAGACCAAUUCCUCCCCAAGAGUUAUCAGGGUGAAAACUGGAAAAGCCUCCUGUGUCUAGGUUAUUUGGAAGCAGGGAUUUCUGUGUGCAGGUUUAUAUCUGAAGAGUAAGAAAACAAAAAUAGCAGAUGGUUUAAAUCACUUUAAUACAAAGAAAGGAUUCCCUGAAAUGCACAGGCAAGAGCCACUAUAGCUAGAAGUGAAGUCCAAUAAUAUGAACUAUAAAACAGUCAUUAAACCAAAAUAUAAUCCAUGUGUUACCAACACACAUACAUUCAUAGAAAGUAUAACUCUAUAUUCAGAGUUUGUGAGUCCAAUGCCCACCAGAGUUCAUGUUCCACAUGGAGGACUGAAAAAGUCACUAAUUGUGAGUCCAAAUUUAAACGUCCAAGUAAAUGAAUUUCUUUUAUGAACUCCAAUGUUUUAAACAAGUCCAAGGUUAGUCACCAUCCACGACUGGUUUCGACUGUGUAGUCUUCCUCAGGUGGUGGUUAUGCAGGUAUGGAGAACCUAGAGUAGUCAAUUUUGUCCUUCGAGUAUAUAAUUUCAAUGUGUCAUUAUCAAUGACGGAGUGGACCUACAGGGAAUACAUACGAGUGGCUAGAAACACUUGUACAGAAUAAAAAUCACAAAUUACAAAGUAUAGUAAAAGCAUUGAAGACAGGAGCAUGUAUACUCACAUAAGCUCUCCUCCAUGAACUCUCUUACAGAGGUGCUCUGCUACUGGUUUGAUUCCUUAGGCAAGCACAGGAGAAGCAGGUAGAAUCACUUUAAGCCAUAUGAUGAAGGCAUUGUAAUAGCUCAAGAUUUUCCAUGCCUUGGCUCUGUCAUUAAUCCGAAUGGAGGCUGCAGUUAAGAAAUGAGAAGGCAAGGUGUGUGCAUCUGGAAGGAAUUAGUCAAGAUUUUGAAAUACAAUGAUAUAUCACUGAAUGUUAAAGUUAGGAUUGUCCAUACCAUCCUUGUUUCAGUUUCUGUGCGUGGUUGGGAAAGCUAGACAGUGAAGAAAGCUGAUAGGAAGAAAACCAACUCUUUUGAAAAGGUCUGGAUAAUAGUUCUGUUAUUUUUAAAAAGAUGAAUAAAUGGGUCCUAGGGAAAAGUCUAACCCUCCCUAAAGGCCAGGAUGACUAAACUUUCUAGUAAAGGUAAAGGUUUCCCCUGACGUUAAGUCCAGUCUGAGGGUUGGUGCUCAUCUCCAUUUCUAAACCGAAGAGCCGGCAUGGUCCGUAGACACCUCCAAGGUGAUGUGGCCGGCAUGACUGCAUGAAACGCCGUUACCUUCCCGCCGGAGCGGUACCUAUAGAUCUACUCACAUUGGCAUGUUUUCGAACUGCUAGGUUGGCAGAAGCUGGAGCUAACAGCGGGCGCUCACUCCGCUCCCCGGGUUUGAACCUGGGACCUUUCGGUCUGUAAGUUCAGCAGCUCAGCACUUUAACACACUGAGCCAUCGGAGGCUCCAAACUUUCUAAUUCAGUCAUAUUACGAAAAGAAAGAGCACUGAAUGGAAAAGAUAAUGAUGUUUGGUAAAGUAGAAGGCAGUAGGAAAAGAGGAAGGCCACAUUCUGAUCAGUGAUUUUCAGCCUGUGGAUCCCCAGAUAUUUUGGCCUUCAACUCCCAGAAAUCCUAACAGCCGGUAAGUUGGCUGGGAUUUCUGGGAGUUGUAGACCAAAACACCAGGGGACCCACAGGUUAAGAACUACUGUUCGAGAUAGGCUAAAUCAAGGCAGCUAUGGCCUGAGUUUAUAAGACUGGAGCAGGAUUGUUGAGAUUAGGUUGACUUGGAGGUCUCUCAUUCACAGAGUUGCUGUAUGUUGACGUGUUGUUCGCAAAUACAACCGGCGCAGGAGCCCUCUUCCGUUCCAAAUUUGGUUACAGUAGAGUCUCACUUAUCCAACAUAAACGGGCCGGCAGAAUGUUGGAUAAGCGGAAAUGUUGGAUAAUAAGGAGGCAUUAAGGAAAAGCCUAUUAAACAUCAAAUUAGGUUAUGAUUUUACAAAUUAAGCACCAAAACAUCAUGUUAUACAACAAAUUCCACAGAAAAAGUAGUUCAAUACGCAGUAAUGCUAUGUAGUAAUUACUGUAUUUACAAAUUUAGCACCAAAAUAUCACGAUGUAUUGAAAACAUUGACUACAAAAAUGUGUUGGAUAAUCCAGAACGUUGGAUAAGUGAGACUCUACUGUACCUUGCCCUCCCAGCAGGAAUUUCCCUUGAUGACGUUUUCCAUCAUUCCCAUGAUUUUAAGCAUUGCAGUAACUUAUAACUUCACAUAAACAUCUAGCAAUACUGUUUGAAUAGUCAAAGAAAUUGUUUUAUUUUAUUUAUAGUAUUUAAACCUCACCCUUCUCACGCCGAAAGGGACUCGGAGUGGCUUACAGAACACAUACACGGCAAAUACUCAAUGCCAAUUAUGCCCGGGCUGUGGCGCAGGCUGGAGAGCAAGCCAGCUGAAACUAGCUGCAAUGAAUCACUUUGACCAGGAGGUCAUGAGUUCGAGACCCGCUCGGAGCCUAUGUUUGUCUUGUCUUUGUUCUAUGUUAAAAGGCAUUGAAUGUUUGCCUAUAUGUGUAAUGUGAUCCGCCCUGAGUCCCCUUCGGGGUGAGAAGGGCGGAAUAUAAAUGCUGUAAAUAAAUAAAUAAAUAAAUUAAUGAGGACAGACAACAUAGAGGUAAAGGAAGCGUUUCCCAUCUUAUUUCUGUCAUCUUGGAGGCUGUGCUUGACUCUGGCCAUGGAGUUGUGGUGGUGCUGUCACUCCCAUCUUCCAUGCCAAGGAGCUUUCCUCCUGAUCGAUGUUCUUAAAGUCACCUUUAUUAUCUCCCCACUAAAAGUAGUACCUAUUUAUCCACUUGCAUUUCUGCUUUCGACUUGCUAGGUGGGCAGGUGAGCUGGGGCUAACAGCAGGUGCUCACCCCAACCUGGGCUCAAACUGCCGACCCUUCAAUCUGUAGUAUUUUUCUGCAGCACAGCGGUUUACCCUGCUGUGCUAAGCCCGGCCCAGCAAAAUUAUGAAGGAGAUAUGAAUGCAGACAAUGUGAGAUAUUUAGGUAUGAGUAUUUUCACCAUUUCACCCUUUUGGGAUGGAAGGAAAGUUUGAGUUGGGCAGAAUUCUUAUUGAAGGGGGAAUUAUUGGCAUCGGGGUUGUUGUAUGUCUUUUGGGCUGUGUGACCAUGUUCCAGAAGUAUUCUCUCCUGACGUUUCGCCCACAUAAAAGCAUCGUUUUAUGUGCUUCUAGUGCAUCCCAGAACAUGCCAGGAGGAAAAAUGGUUUUGCAAAGACAUGGGUCCAAACUGAGUAAAUGCCUGUGUUGGUUGCAUGUGACAUAUCAGGGGCAGGAAACACACCAGCUCUUUUCUAGUUUACAGAAACGUUUGCGCAUUUGGUUGCUUGAAGAUGCCUUUUGCCACUGCGCAAGCAUCUAUGCCUGGAAACACAACAGAAAUAUAACCAAUCCCUUGCUCUAUGCAGAACCUUUCCUUGGUUUCUGGUGCUAUUCUUCUCCAGAGAUGCCAAAAUGCAGUUGAAUAAUCACCAUGCUUUGGUGAGCAUGUAGGUGCUGAUGUGCACAUAUCUCCCAGCUGAGACAAGGUGCUUUUUGUACAUAGAAUGCCGUUAUGUUUGUGUUCUUAAAGCAAAAAAGAUGCAUGUGUUUUAAACCUUUGAACUGCUCAAACAACAUCACUUGGACCUCAGAUUUUUGUGUCAAUACCAGUGCCUUUAAAGUGGCAAAACAAAGGCCGCUAGGCUAGUUUUUAUCCAAGGGCUGGCAGAUUUGAACGGUCACAGAUUUGGAAUAUAUAGAAACAAGACCUCUAGGCAUGUUUCCUUUUUGUAUGGGUUCAGGCUACAGAAGAUCUGAGCAUUUUGCUGGUCUUUACUUCGGUUUCGACAGAUCCGUUGUUUCUAUAGGACAUUCAGAGAGGCAGAAAUAUGCCAUUUUAAUACAGAGGUGGAAAGAUCAGUGGACUUGAUGGAAUGGGGUGGAAUUACAAUGACACCUUAUCGUCCACUAGUGCAUUUUUGAUUUUCAUCGGCAGGUAAAUAUUUUCAGAAUUUCAUAAGAAUGAAGGAAGUGAUCAGGCGAUGUCCGUAUAAUCCAGUAUGGUCAGCCCUGGAUACAGUAGAGUCUCACUUAUCCAACAUAAACGGGCCGGCAGAAUGUUGGAUAAGCGAAUAUGUUGGAUAAUAAGGAGGCAUUAAGGAAAAGCCUAUUAAACAUCAAAUUAGGUUAUGAUUUUACAAAUGAAGCACCAAAACAUCAUGUUAGACAACAAAUUUGGCAGAAAAAGUAGUUCAAUAUGCAGUAAUGCUUUUAGUAAUUACUGUAUUUAUGAAUUUAGCACCAAAAUAUCACGAUAUAUUGAAAACAUUGACUACAAAAAUGCGUUGGAUAAUCCAGAACGUUGGAUAAGCGAGUGUUGGAUAAGUGAGACUCUACUGUAGUAUCAACUUUCCAAAGUUUCAGGCUUAGGCUGUUCUUUGUCAUCGUCUCAUCCAUGGUCCAAAUCUUGACUUUUGGGGAAAUUUCUCAAAUUUUGAUUGUGACAUGUUCGAUCUCAAACAGCUCUUCAUGUUUUUGUAAGUUUGGAAAACUUUGAAAGCCAAUGUCAGUAUUGAGUGCCAAUUGUUUGAAACUUUGCUUUGAGGUUCUAUUUGCCAAACUGUAUGCAUCCAUAUUGGGAAAUGUUUCAGCGCUAUGGAGACAUGUUCAUAUUUAUUGUACACUGAGAGAGAACAUGACUCUAGGAUUCUCUGAGUUUUUUGGUGCAUUUCUGUGGGCAACAUCUGGCAGAGGUUGGCCAAAGAUCCAUGCUGGAAGAGCUAUAGAUUCCUAGAGAAAUGUUUUCUCAGCUUAAGUAGCAUGUUUUUAUUUGCCAUUUUUCUAUUUCAUGUGGAUCUGGUGCCCUUAAAUCAGGCCUGGGCAAACUUUGGCCCUCCAGGUGUUUUGGACUACAACUCCCACAAUUCCUAACAGCCUACCGGCUGUUAGGAAUUGUGGGAGUUGUAGUCCAAAACACUUGGAGGGCCAAAGUUUGCCCAGGCCUGGCUUAAACACAAUGAAUGUGGAGGGAUGGCUGUAUGUGAUCCCUAUGAUGUGAUGAGAACUAAAUCAUGGCAAUUUCCUUCAAUGGUGCAGUGUCAAGAAAAAAUUAGCUCUGUGCCUUAUACUCAGACUGACAAAAGCUUGUAAAAUAUCAUUGUGUCUCCUUCCUUUCCUCAUGUGUAGUCCAGACGGAACAUAAAAAUAGAUGCAAAUGGGCAUAAUUUCCCCCUCAAAUUUGGAAGCAAUUCUGUUGGAACAAUGUAGUACAACAUGUUUAUGAAGUACCUUGGAUAGUUCUGUUAAUGUUCGGACUAAAGCCCAGACUAGUUUCAUAGACUAAAGAACAUUGGAGCUAGCAAACCUUGAGUAUUAUUAAGAGAGAUAACAAGUACUCUCUAUCUAUUUCCUCUACUCCAGGCAUGACUCUGAACCUUCAUGCUACAUAGCGGAAAAGUUAUGAUUCUACUUGUCUUCACCCCAUGAAAUCAUGGGAUUUCUAGUUUUGUCAGACAGAAAAUUCUAAAUAGCUCUUUCUGAAACUACCUAGUAAGUAAGUAAACUUUUAUUACAGUCAAUGACCGGCUCAUAUCAAGGGUAUCCAGUCCCAUACAUCCAUAUCAAACCCGAAGGGUUAAAUACUUCAAACUUCAAUAAUAAUAAUAAAAAACCAUCAUAACAUUGAAUCAUUUAUUUACUGAAACUACUAAUCUCACAACUCCAUUCAAAGGAACCAUUGCAGUUAAAUUAUUACAACUCUAGUGCUGAAGAACCUCUUGGCUAUGGUCUACCUUACUCUUCUUCUAAACGCAACGCCCUUUCCAAAUAUUGUAAUUUUUGCUCACAGUAGAGUCACUCCAACCCCCAUAAUCUCCAAUUUUUCCAUAUCCUGGUGACUAGAACUGUACAGAGUAUCCCAAGUAUUUAAAUGCCUGGGUCGUUUUCUGACAACGUUCCUCCUUUUGGACUCUGGGCAAAACCCAAAAGGUUUUUGGAUUAUAUUGUGUAAUAUAUGUUUUCUUGAAAUCCACGCAAAUAUGCAUGUUUAAGAGCAUGAGCGUUGACUGUGUUAAUAUUUCCGUCGGUGUCCGAUAAUUCUACAUCAUAAGCAGCUGUGUUUUAUAUCUAUGUAUAAAUCAUAUCGCUUUGUAAAUUUAAUAUAAUUCAACAAUAUGCUGUAAUAAACACUUGUCUUUUAA